AUUUCUGCCUUCCGUCUUACAGCCUCUCACACACCCGAGGGAUCCAGGAUUGGAAAGGCCGACUUCUCCCACCUUGUUGUUGGGUCAACUUUCUCCGCCUGCAUCACUGCGUGGCACAGACACAGGCAUGAGCAAUCAGGAAGUGACUGAUUCCUCCUUCAGAUUUCUUCAGGCUCCUUCUGAAUCACAAAAUAGAUCAAGGCCUGGUGGUACUGAAAGGCCUGGGAAAACUGAUGACAAAGAGUUUUCAGUACCCUGGCAUCUCUUUGUAGUGACUGUUGGGAUCCUCUGUUUACUUCUUUUGGUGACAGUCAGAGUGUCGGGAACAAUGAUUUUUCAGUGUAUUCAAGAAAAACAGCAGGAGGAAAGUAGACAAAACUUCAGUCAAAAGUACAACAUUAUGCAAAAGGAGAACUACUUAAAGGAGCAACUUUUGACAAAUAAGACUUUAGAAUAUGGCAUUCUCAAAAAUCAGACUCUUCAACAGAAGAAGGAAAUAGCUUCACUCUUUAAAGAAAAGAUGAGAUGUCAUCGAAAACAGGGGAUCUUGUCAAAGUCUUUGCAAAAUACAGGCAAACUCUAUGACAACCGCUGGUCCUGUUGUGGAGUAAACUGUUAUUAUUUUACAACUGAAAAUAAAGACUGGAGGGGAUGUAAACAGACUUGCGAAAGUUACAAUUUAUCUCUUUUGAAGAUAGAUGAUGAAGAAGAACUGGCAUUUGUUCAACCCCAGACUUAUAGAGAUAGCUACUGGAUUGGAUUAUCAUACAAUGCAACGGAAAGUAAGUGGAAAUGGAUUGACAAUGGCACAUUUUCUGGAACUAAUUUGAAAAUAAUCAGUUUGCCUUCCGGGAUUAAAGGAUGUGCAUUUUUAACCGCAACAAAAAUAACAGCUAUUGAUUGUGAUAAUGAAUAUAAAUGUAUCUGUGAGAAGAGAAUUGAUAGUGUUCUCACUGCCUGCUUCAACUGACACAGAAGAAAAGGAGGAUUUAUUCCAUUGUGGAAAAACAAAUGAGUUGGAAGAGGAAGAAAAUGCUCUUUUGGUCUAUGAUAUAAGAGCUUGGAGGCUGUCCGUCUUAUUGGGGAGGAGGAGAAGAUUUUGUCUUUGGAAAUCAGUUGCUCUUCUCUUUAAUGGCCCUGGGAAAUUCUCUCCUCUUUCCCUGAACCACCCACAGAGCCAAUGAGAGAACUCUGGUAAAGAGCCUGGGUCUUUGCCUAAUGGAUAGGAUAAAUCAUUUCAAUACCCUCUGGAUUUGAGAGCUAGCACAAUUAAGAACUAAAAAAUAGUUUUCCUGCCCUGUCCCCUGUCAUUAAAU